AUGAGGUGAGUCAUUUAAAAUUAUUUUUGGAAUUCAUUUUUCUGAAAUUCAGAAACCAGAAGCCUAAAUUUGAUGUAUGGCGAUUGGCUCAAUUAUCUUCAGCUCUUCAUAUUUUUCAAAUUGUAUGUAAAAUUAUAUUUUUUUCGAAAAAAUCAAAACAAUUAAUAUUUAGAUCGGAAGUCUAUCAAUUCUUGGUUUGAUAUCUACAGUAUCUCUCAAUUUUCCUCCAACUUAUGCUUCUUUUAUUAUUUGUUUCUUUUCUUCAACACUUUCUGCCAUUUUUUUGGUUUCCGAAGUUUGUGGUUUAACAAAAGUUCGAGAAUUUUCGGAUGAAUGGGUUUUUUGGGAAUCAACUUAUAUUUCAAGUUUCACAUUUUUCUAUUCUAUAAAUACAAUAACUGUUUUAUACAGCAGCAUUCGAUGGAAUCAUACUAAUUUUUGGUUUGCUUCGGUUUGUUUGUUAGAAAGUUGUUUCGAAAAAAAUAUAUAUUUCAGAUUGUUUCAAUUUUAGUUGCCAUUUCAUUUUAUGUUUCGCUCACACAAAUUGCACGGAAGAAUUUGGAGAAUUUGAAAAGAUCCGAGAUUCCGAAAAUUGUAUUGAGAAGAAAUUAA